CACUUAUUAGCUUGAGCGGUACGUGCUUGUUGCCUUGACGACAGCAAAGCGGCCUAUAAGGUGGAGAAGCCGGAGCGGUACCUGACACGUAGCGCUGAGGAGGCACCGGGGAGCCCGCCAUGUCAUCCUCAUCGGACAGCAGCCGGGAGGGUGAGUCCUCCAAGUGGCUGGAUGCCCACUACGAUCCGGUUGCCGGUCUACAUACGUUCUCCUCCUGUAUCGGUCUCGCUGACUUACAUGGGGACGGCGAUUUUAAGAUGGUGGCUGGUGAUAUUGGCAGCGAGGCUUAUAACAUGAAACUGAAAGUCUAUAAGGGCACAAGUCUCAUGUCCGAGAACACUUUGCUUGACAUGCCAACUGGUGUUGCAGCCUUUUUGAUGGAUCAAAAUGAGCCACGUACGCCUGCCGUGGCUGUGGCUUCUGGACCAUUUAUAUACGUGUACAAGAAUUUGAGACCUUACUUCAAAUUCACUUUGCCAGCACUUGAGGUCAAUCCCCUGGAAAAGGAAGUGUGGGAUCAAGCUAAGGAGGACAAAAUUGACCCCAUGACGCUGAAAGAAAUGUUGGAUGGGAUCAGAGAGAAAGCAGAGAUUCCUCUGUCGGUCAGGUCACUUCGGUUCCUUAUGCUGGAACAGCAGGAGAUGGAGGCCUUCGUGAACACAUAUAAACAGUUGCCUCUAAAAAGACAGACUGUGAUCACGUGUCUGGGGACUCUGAAGAAGAACAUGGCAGACGAAGAUGCUGUAUGCUGCCUUGUCAUAGGUACAGAAAGUGGUGAAAUAUUCAUAUUGGAUCCAGAAGCAUUUACUAUUUUGACCCGGGUCAGUCUUUCCAGUGUCCCGACUCUUCUGGAUGUGAAUGGACAGUAUGAUAUUGAAUACCGCAUUACUGUCGCAUGCCGCAAUGGGAAUGUAUACAUUCUCCGCAGAGAUUCUAAGCGGCCUAAAUAUUGCAUUGAGCUGAGUACUCAAGUGGUAGGAAUGGUCCGUGUCCAGAAGAAUAUCAUCAUUGGGACCUCCCAGGAGACACUGCUUGGAUACUCCCAAAAGGGAAAGCGGCUUUGGACACUUACGCUGCCCUCCUCCGUCAUGACCAUGUCUUUAUUGGAACAGAAGUCACGUAGCAUCCAAGCCGUUCUGGUGGGAUUAAAGAAUCUGGAAGUGCACCUGUACCGAGACAAGAAUCUGCUGAGUGUCAUAUCAACCCCGGACGUAGUGACCAGUCUUUGCUUUGGAAGAUAUGGAAGAGAGGACGAUACUCUGAUUAUGACCACAGCAGGCGGAGGUCUUAUUAUUAAGAUAUUAAAGAGGACGGCACACUUUGAAGAUAAGGAUACAUCUCCCGGCCCUCCUACUGGACAAAGCAUUAAGCUCAGUGUACCCAAGAAAACCAAACUGUAUGUAGACCAGACCCUUCGUGAGAGAGAGAACGCUGUGGCAAUGCACCGUGUAUUCCAAAUGGAUCUGUACCGCCUUCGUCUUAGUGCUGCCCGAGCCUAUGUUAAGGCCCUAGACGCCAGCCUCACUCCAGUAUCCUCGACAAUGCAGGAACCACUUACUCUAAAUGCUUCUGUUCAAGGAAUUGGUCCUCGGUUCAAGCUCAUCCUGAACUUACAGAACACAUCCGUGAACCGACCUUCCAUGCAGCUGCUGGUUAGUUUCCUGUAUGAUGAACAACUUUACCAGCUUAGACCGGCAUUCUUUAAGAUCCCAUUGCUGGUCCCUGGCUUGAACUAUCCUGUGGAGACGUUUGUGGAUUGCCGCACUGAUAAAGGGAUCUCUGAUAUAAUUAAGGUGUUUGUCCUGAGAGAAGGGAAAAGUACUCCGCUGCUCACAGCGCACAUCAACAUGCCAGUCAGUGAGGGCCUAGUGGCAGGCUGAUAAGAAGUCUACAGAGCUAUAUCCAUCAACCAAAGGACUGGUACAGAAACCCAGAAAUCCAAAGGAUUUCAGCACUCAAGGACAAUUGUUCGUUUUAGGGACAAUAAAUCUGAACUUCAUAAAUGUCUUUUAUUUUGCCACAUCAUUGCCAGGUAUAAUUCUCCAGAAACUAAAUUAAAGGUCAGUGAAGAACAAUGAUGAGUAGCAGUUGGGCAGAUGUAAAAGUAUUGCACUCAGUUUUAUUAAAGGGGUACUCCACUGCCCCAGCGUCCGGAACAUUUAGUUCCAAACGCUGGGUGACGUCACGGCCACACACCCUUGUGACGUUACGCCACGCCCCCUCAAUGCAAGUCUAUGGAAGGGGCCGUUACACCCCCUCCCAUAGACUUGCAUUGAGGGGGCGGGGUGUGGCGUGACGUCACGACCCCCACAGUCCACACCCAAUGUUCCGGACGCCGGGGCAGUGGAGUACCCCUUGAUCAAAAUGUUUUAAUCAACUGGUUCCAGAAAGUUAAACAGAUUUGUAAAUUAUUUCUAUUUAAAAAUCUUAAUCCUUCCAGUAUUUAUCAGCUGCUGUAUACUCCACAGGAAGUUCAUUUAUUUUUUUCUUUUCUGUCUGACCACAGUGCUCUCUGCUGACACCUCUGUCCAUAUCAGGAACUGUCCAGACCAGGAGAGGUUUGCUAUGGGGAUGUGCUCCUGCUCUGGAAAGUUCCUGAAACGGACAGAGGUGUCA